AGCUGGGCUGAGCGAGGCAAUCAGGGCAGCUAAACCCUGAAAGCCACAGGCAGCAGGCCCCAGCCACUGCAGCUCUUAAAAACCAGGUCUAGCCUGCAGUCUCCUUGUCAUGCAAAGGUGGCCCUGUGAUGAAUACCAACAGAACUUGACCCCCAUGAAUCUGGGGAAUGCCCUGUGCCUGGUGACACUGUUUCCUUUGUCAGGGCCGAAGAGGAAAGGAACCAGAAUACCUUCUGGCAGCUUCUCAUAGCCCCUGCCACUGACACACAGACCACCUUCCACUUCUGGUCACAGCAUGGGGAGCAGAAGAGAACGCACUCCUCUUCCUGGUCCCGGCCUGGGGACCUGAACAGCACUUACCCUUCCUCUUGGUUCUAGCUGAGAUGGUGAUACUGCUGAGCCAGAGCCUGCAGCAGAAAGGUUCCCCAAGAGCUUCCUACGUGUUUGAGGAAUCCUUGCGCACAAUGCCUCUGCGUGCAACCCAGAGGAGGACGUCACAACCACCAGGGCUUGUGAAGUUGGGGGUUCACUGUGUAACAUGUCAAAAGGUCGCGAUAAAAAUUGUCAACAGAGAGAAGCUCAGCGAGUCGGUGCUAAUGAAGGUGGAGCGGGAAAUAGCCAUCCUGAAGUUGAUAGAACAUCCUCACGUUUUAAAGCUGCAUGACGUUUAUGAAAAUAAAAAAUAUUUGUAUUUGGUGCUAGAACAUGUGUCAGGUGGGGAGCUCUUCGACUAUCUUGUAAAAAAAGGAAGAUUAACACCAAAAGAAGCCAGAAAGUUCUUCCGACAAAUCAUAUCCGCUUUAGACUUCUGCCAUAGUCAUUCAAUAUGCCACAGGGACUUAAAACCAGAAAACUUACUGUUGGAUGAAAAGAACAAUAUCCGGAUAGCAGACUUCGGAAUGGCAUCACUGCAGGUUGGGGACAGCUUAUUAGAAACCAGCUGUGGAUCACCACAUUAUGCCUGUCCCGAAGUAAUCCGGGGAGAAAAAUACGAUGGAAGAAAAGCAGAUGUCUGGAGCUGUGGUGUCAUUUUGUUCGCAUUGUUAGUGGGUGCCCUGCCAUUUGACGAUGACAAUUUGCGGCAGCUCUUGGAAAAGGUGAAGCGCGGAGUGUUCCACAUGCCACAUUUUAUCCCCCCAGACUGUCAGAACCUCUUGCGGGGGAUGAUUGAAGUGGAUGCCUCGAAACGUCUCACGCUAGAACACAUUCAGAAACACAUAUGGUAUAUAGGGGGUAAGAACGAGCCAGAACCAGAGCAACCAGUUCCUCGAAAGGUCCAGAUUCGAUCUCUCCCUUCCCUGGAAGAUAUUGAUCCAGAUGUGUUAGAUAGCAUGCACUCAUUAGGCUGCUUCCGUGACCGAAAUAAACUCUUACAGGACUUGUUGUCAGAAGAAGAAAACCAAGAGAAAAUGAUUUAUUUUCUUCUCCUGGAUCGUAAAGAGAGGUAUCCCAGUCAUGAGGAUGAGGACCUGCCCCCCAGGAAUGAAAUAGAUCCCCCCAGGAAACGUGUGGACUCCCCGAUGCUGAACAGACAUGGGAAGCGGCGGCCAGAGAGGAAGUCGAUGGAGGUUCUCAGUGUGACAGAUGGCGGCUCCCCAGUCCCAGCUCGCAGAGCUAUUGAAAUGGCACAACAUGGACAGAGUAAAACAAUGUUCAGUAAAAGCCUGGAUAUCUCUGAAGCCAAUCCCAAAUUCAACAAAGAAGAAAGGUCUCGGUCGAUCAGCGGAGCUUCAUCUGGCCUCUCCACCAGCCCCCUCAGCAGUCCAAGGGUCACCCCUCACCCCUCUCCAAGGGGAAGUCCCCUCCCUACCCCCAAGGGGACACCUGUCCAUACGCCAAAGGAGAGCCCAGCAGGUACACCCAACCCAACGCCACCAUCCAGCCCCAGCAUUGGAGGAAUGCCCUGGAGGACACGACUCAACUCCAUCAAGAACAGCUUCCUGGGGUCUCCUCGCUUCCAUCGCCGGAAACUGCAAGUACCUACACCGGAGGAGAUGUCCAAUUUAACCCCAGAAUCUUCCCCAGAGCUUGCCAAAAAAUCCUGGUUUGGUAACUUCAUCAACCUAGAAAAAGAAGAACAGAUCUUUGUGGUCAUUAAGGACAAACCGCUAAGCUCCAUCAAGGCUGACAUUGUCCACGCUUUCCUUUCGAUCCCCAGCCUCAGUCACAGCGUCAUCUCACAGACAAGUUUCCGUGCAGAAUACAAGUCCACGGGAGGUCCCGCUGUCUUCCAGAAGCCGGUGAAGUUCCAGGUGGACAUAACAUACACGGAAGGGGGCGAGGCCCAGAAGGAGAAUGGGAUCUACUCGGUCACUUUCACACUCUUAUCAGGUCCAAGCCGUCGCUUUAAGAGGGUAGUAGAAACCAUUCAGGCACAGUUGUUAAGCACACAUGACCAGCCUUCAGUGCAGCAAUUAUCAGACACCACUAACUGUAUGGAGUUGAUGACUGGCAGACUUUCCAAAUGUGACGAGAAGAACGGGCAGGUGAGCCACCCCCCCGGCACGCCAACCAAGCAUAGCGCAAACAGCAAGCGGAGCGAUUCCGAUGCUAAUGACUAUGGGUCUAGAGGAGACAAUAAGUACCCCGCUGGCAAAGACAAGGCAAAGAUGGUCUCAUCGGUCGGCCUACAAGACCAACCUUAAAUAAACAUACUUAAAAAAAUAAAUUAAAUAACUUUAAAAAAGCAAGAAAGAAUGAAAGAAUAUUCCUUAGCAAGCUAGCCUCUAAACUAGAAGGAUGUAUAUACCUUGCCACAACAGUACAAAACUGUCUAUAGACAAAUUUUGUAUGAAGGAAUGACUGUAUAUAUAUACAUAUAUAUAUUUAUAUAUGAUAUAUAAUAUAUAUCUCAGAAACAAACACAAAAAUAAAAAACAAAAAAAAAAAAAAAGAAAGCAAAGAAAAGGUAGCACAGAUGACAAAACCCAGUUCGCCAGAUCUUGGGUUGUGGGUUUUUUUUUCCUUUUCUUUUUUUGGUUUUGUUAUUUUUUUUCUUCUCCCCAUUUUUGGACUAUUUUUUUCCCCAUUUUUCCCUCCUGAUUUCUUUUUCUUUUGUUUUUGUUUCUUGUUCCGUUCAUGCUCUCUGUGUUUCUGACGACACCACUUGUUUCCGCUCUGCUACCAGGAAUUAUCCCGAAAAGUUAACAUGCCAGCCACGGCUUCACCUUCUGUGCUCUGCGGACACUUGUUGACGGAAGGCAACCGAUGUAGACUGUCCAAGGACCAGUCCUGUUUGAGGUUCCCAGCCUCUCCCCCUCCCUCUGGGAAAUGGGUUUCUCCCCCACGCUCCCACCCCCAAACGCCUCCCCAACACACGCUUUUUCUCUUUUUCUUUUUGGUGCUCCACGAGAGAGAUCUGCUCAGUAAUGGGAUUGCACGGUCUGGGCUGGAAGCAGGUUGCAAUUGUUGGAACGACAUCAUUGUUCUUGACAACAUUCAUCUGUGCAGGUGAACUCAGAGGUGAAGGGGGAGGGGGGCGCGAAACAAAGGGAGGAAAUGGUACAAGAAGCCUAGGGCGCACUGUCUUCAGAGACCACCAAGGAACGAGUCAAAUCAAAGCAUUGAACCAAGAAAGUUACUGGAGAGCUCCAGUGGGGGAAUAUUCUCAGAUGUCUUUUUCCUCCCCCCACCGCCCUUUCUUCUUCCUUUCUUUAUUUUGUUUUUUUUUAAUUGAGUUUAGUUUUUUUAUAUACUCUAUAAUUUUUCUUUUCAACCUGCUGGAGGGAGACAAGAUAGACUUGGGGGGGUAGGGAUAGCAAACAAACACAAACGAAUAUUGAAACUUAGGGAAAAGGCAACGUCUGGCCGCAAAGAUGAGGGACAGGAUCCUACCUAGCCAAGGACAGUCUCUCCUGCUGCCAACCAUCGUUGCCGUUGCUGCUACUGCUGCUCCUUCUUCUCCACCUUCUACCCUGCCUAUCGACUCCCUCCAACCAUGCCGCAACCGCAUUGAGAUCUUCCUCCCCCAGCCGGACCCUCCGUCUCAUCGCGCAUUUGGAUGCAAUCUUCGUGUCGCUAGUGCUGCAUCAAAAUAUCAGUAUUAUUAUUUAUUUGCUGGUUUCACUUUAUUUAUUUGAUGUGUUGGGUUGUUUUGUUUAAUUUUUUUUAAAGACAAAGAGAAGAGAAUUAUUAUGAGGAUUAUUUCUGUUGUUUCCGUGUGUGUGCGUGUGUAAACCACUGGCACUUAGUUCAUCUGAGCAAGACAAGAAGGGUCAGUGCUAUGGGCGAGUUAAUCACAAAGCUACUGUAAACUUUAAAAAGUACUGCAAGAUAUUUUUAUAAACUCUUUUUGUUUAGAAAGGGGGCUAGGGGGUGGGGUAGGGUGGAUGGGGGACUGUUUUUUGUGUUUAAGUUAUUAGGUCUUGAUUAUUUAUAUAUACAUAUAUAUAUUUAAAAAAAUAAGCUGUUAGAUAUAUCUUCUGUUCUGUUUAAUUACUGUGUAGAGGCGACACGGAUUCCUAUUUAUGUUGGGGAGGGGGAAAAAAGACAUGAAGGCCCUUAAAUGUUCAUCUUGUGAACUCUACAAUUUUCUCUCUUUUUUUCGUCUUUUUUUUCUCCCCCCUGAGGUACAUGACAAAGGGUAACUUAUUGUGGCCCAAGUUCCAAGGUUAAACAAAUCAAACACAGUUUUUAUGCGUCGAAGACAAAAACACAAUGAGAAGUACUUCUUUACUGAGAUUUAAGAAUGUAGGCUUAGCAUUAGUGUGCAAUUCUCUUAUGACCUUUGAUUGCUGUUUGUUGGGUUCCUAUGGGUGUAUGUUGUACCACAAGAUUUUUUUUUCUUUUUGAUGAUAAUGUUGGAUGGUUUCUCUCUCUCUCUCUCUCUCUCUCUCUCUCGUUUUUCUUCCUUUCUUUUCUUUCUUUUUUUGGUGAUUGUCGUUGUUCUUUAUUUUAAUUUCCCCCCUCUUGGAUCAGUUUUACUUGUACAUAGGUUUGAAGAUUGAAAAAAAAGAGGCAAUUUUUUUAACAACACAUUUAGGGCAAUGACCUUUCACCCUUGCCCUUUGACCCCCAUCCCCCAAAUGGGAGGGAUUUGGUUUCUUUUUUUGUUUUUUGGGUUUUUUUCUUUCUUUCUUUUCCCUGUUCUCCAACUUUUUCUCUUGUAUUGCUGUAUGCAUGUCAGGCGCCAGGGCUGAUGGCCAGGGAUGGGGGGGAAGGCAAGGGUGCAGGAGAGGGGGACAGUUUUAAUUGCAUGACAUUGCUGUAAAUUAGUCUCUUUUGCUUUUGUUGUCUUUCCUGCCUCCACCCACUCUACACCUCUCCUCCAAGCUCCCCUCCCAUGCGCCUCCCCCUCUUUUCCCUCCUUUCUCUUCCCUUGUGUAUAGAUUUUGAUGCUUCUGUUACAUUGUACCUCUACAAAAGGCUGGGAUUUCAAUACAAAAUAAUAAUAAUAAUUAAAAAACCUAUAUCAGUAAAACCCAUGUGGUACAAGCAGGAAGGGGAUUACUUACACAAGAUAUAAGAAUAAACGAAAGCAAUACCUCUUGUUAUCCUUCCUAUUUUGUACUCUGAUGACACACGCGCACACACAUACACACACACACACACACACACACACAUAUAUACAGACACAAACUGACAUUAUUUAACAGUUUAAAAUGGACAAAAAAAGAUCUGAUGUAUCCCUUGUUAAAUAACUGUGAGCAACUUUAGUUCAAAAACCAAUAAAUUCAUUCAGUAAAGAUA